UAUAAAAGUUUCACAGUAUGACAUGGUAGUUUUAAAUAAUAAUAAAUGCUUAAUUUUACAGUAAAAGUAUACAGAUCUUCAUUAGGCGACAGUUUUUCUAUAUAUGCAAUAUUUUGUUUCGUAUUUUUCAAUAUUUUGAACAGACCAGACGUGUCGCUAUGAAAAGAGGAAGUCGCGACGAGCGUGUUUUGUUCUCUGCUGUAAAGCGCGUAAUACGGGCGCAAGACGUUUCUGAAGCGCGGCUGGCUGAACGACGGAUGAACGAACGACGGCUCACUUGACCGCAGUAGUUGCAACGAUGCAUUUGCUACAUAAAUGAGUUUGAUCCUAUUAAAAAUAAAUAAAUUUUCUUAACCUACUGUAGAGCUCUGCAAACAUAAUAAAACAUAAUAUAAUACAAAAACAUAAUAAUGAAACAGAUGCAGACAACGGACAUAAUUCUCUGGAUUUAUUCUGGAUCGUGACCAGGAAGCGACCGCUGCAGCAUUAUCCGCGUGUAGGAAACGAAACUUAAGUGAACCCACUUCAUCAGGUGCGAUUUUCUCUGCGAGACUCGUCGUCCUCUUGCAGCACGAACCUUUUACUCAACGUUCAUCUAUCGACUUCAUUCCUUGUAAAUAUCGCGUUCACUUAGACAGAACCUGUCGCCAUGAACAGCCUGAACCAACAGUUCGAGGAGAAGGUGCGUCCCUGCAUCGACCUCAUCGACUCUCUUCGCUCUCUGGGUGUAGAGAAGGACUUGGCUCUGCCUGCUAUCGCCGUGAUUGGGGACCAAAGCUCAGGGAAGAGCUCUGUGCUGGAGGCGCUGUCAGGGGUGGCUCUGCCCAGAGGAAGCGCCCCUCUCCGUUUAAAGAUGAAGAAAAACAAAGAUGGAGCGGAGUGGCAUGGAAAGAUAACCUAUUUGUACAAUGAGGAACAAAUAGAAGACCCUGGGGAUGUGGAAGAGCAGGUCCAAGAAGCUCAGGAUAUAAUGGCUAAUGGGUUACAUUGGGCCAACAGUGAUGAGGUGAUCAACCUGGAGAUUGAGUCUCCUGAUGUUCCUGACCUGACACUCAUUGACCUGCCCAGCAUUGUCAGGGUGGCUGAAACAGGACAGCCAGAGAACACUGGUGAUCAGAUUAAGAGACUGAUUCACAAGUUCAUCUCAAAACAAGAAACCAUCUGUCUGGUGGUCGUUCCGUCCAAUGUGGACAUAGCAACCACUGAGGCUCUGAAGAUGGCACAGGAAGUGGACCCUGAUGGAGAGAGGACUUUGGGAAUCCUGACCAAGCCUGAUCUGGUGGACGAAGGCACAGAGGAUACUGUGUUAAAAAUCGUCAAUAAUGAGGUCGUCCACCUCAAGAAAGGUUACAUGAUCGUCAGGUGUCAAGGUCAAAAGGAGAUCACAGAACAAGUCUCUCUUACUGAAGCCAUUGAAAGAGAGAAAGCCUUCUUCAAGGAUCAUGCGUAUUUCCACUCGCUCUACAGCGAUGGCCACGCCACUGUUCCCAAACUGGCUGAAAAACUCACAAUUGAGCUGGUGCAUCACAUCCAGAGGUCUCUACCUCGCUUGGAGGAGCAGAUUGAGGAGAAAAUAGCACAGACUCAAGCUGAGCUGGAGAAGUACGGCACCAGACCCCCGUCUGAUGCAGCUGAAAGACUCGUCUUCCUCACUGACAAAAUAACCACAUUCAGUCAGGAUGCCAUCAGCCUGACAACAGGAGAAGAACUCAAGUUUGGAGAAAGGCUCGAUGUGUUUGCCAUGAGCACAAAAGAGUUUGAAAAGUGGAAGAACCACUUGCACCGUUCAGGGGAAAUGUUUAACAAAAGAAUUGACAGAGAUGUGGUUAAUCACAAGAAGUAUCAUGGAGAAUUAUCAAACAUCAACUAUGACACAUUUGAGGUCAUGGUCAAAGAGCAAAUCCAACUGCUGGAGGAACCAGCUGUUAAAAAACUAAAGAAUAUAUCAGAUGCAGUAACGAGAAUGUUCCUACAACUUGCCCAGUGUAGCUUCAUUGGAUUUCCUAACCUAAUGAACACAACCAAGAAGGCGAUUAAGAACAUUGGGGAGGAUAAUGAGAAGGCAGCAGAGUCCAUGCUGAGGACUCAGUUUAAAAUGGAGUUGACUGUUUACUCUCAGGACAUCUCAUAUAUCAAGAAAACUGAAAACGGGAAGAAGGAAGGUGACAUAGUUAACACUGUUGGUGCUGAGGCCAACCUGAAAGAGUUAAUGAAACAUCUUAAGUCUUAUUAUCAAGUUGUUGUUAGGCGUCUGGCUGACCAAAUACCUCUGGUGAUCCGCUAUAAGAUGUUGCAGGAAUAUGCCAUUAAGCUGCAGAAGGAGAUGCUGCGAAUACUUCAGGACUCGAGAAAAAUUGAGUACUUACUGAAGGAGGAUACAGACACAGGCAACGAGAGGGCUAAUUUGCAAAGUCACCUUAAUUUCCUCACAGAGGCCCGCACCUACCUGCUGGAGUUCUAAAGUAUGGACACAGUACAACCUACCAAAUCCAUGUGAUUUGUCGGUUUGCGUUCCACCAUAAGCGGUUACACUUAUUGCAGACAAUGCCACAAGUUGUAGCCUUCAUAUUUGACACCAUUUUAAACUUGAUUGUAACUGUGUGCAAUUAGGCCGUUUCACAAUGAUGUACUUUUGCUCCCCCUUGUGGUUUAUAAAAUGAAAUAGUUCAGGUUUUAUUUACGUGAACAAAAAAACUGCUGGAUUCCUGCAACAGGUCUAGAAUAAAAUUCCUAGGUAUGAGCAUCAUGA